AUGUCUGCAAAGGUGAAAGAGUGGAGUUUUGGACAGAGAGGGUUGCUGUACGACCGUGAAUGGAUGAUUAUAUCGGAAAGUGGAAUUGCAUUGAGUCAGAAAAGGGAGACAAACCUUUGUCUAAUACGACCAACAUUAGACUUGUUGGAGCAGACACUGAAACUUGAAUAUCCUGACAUGACAACUUUCUACCUACCUUUGAACUGUAAAUCACACCAAUGUCCUGAAGAGGCCUGCACCAGCAAAGUGUGUGGAGAUAGAGUCAGAGGGUUAGACUGCGGGGAUGCUGUUGCAGAGUGGGUCAGUGUGGCGUUACAGAGAUCAGGUUGUCGUUUGAUCCAACAAACCAAGAAUGACCAACGCACUAGUAAACUGAAAGAUUCUAGCCAAGCCAGUUCUAAGACAGCAUGCAGUUUAUCAUUGGCUAAUGAAUCACAGUAUCUCCUUAUAUCUCAUAAAAGUGUGGAAAUGCUACGAGACAGAAUUCUGGAGCGACAGUUGGAGGAUUCUCCUGUUGCAGACAUUGAUGACGUACCAGGUAUAUCAAACUUAGUGGGUCGUUUCCGUGGUAACCUCAUUGUAUCAGGAGGUGAGGCGUUUGAAGAGGAUUCAUGGAAUACCAUAGAAAUAGGCAUGAACACUUUUUUUAGUCAGGGAAGUUGUACCAGAUGUCAGAUGAUUUGUGUCGAUCAGACAACAGGUCAGCGAGGUCUGGAGCCAUUAAAAUCCCUCGCCUCCUGGAGGGGCAGAAAGGUACCGUUUGGUAUUCACCUACAAUCAUCAACAGGCACAGCUGGUGGAAAGCUGAGGGUUGGAGACCAUGUCCGUGUGCUAACACAAAAAUAACCUGUACUUUCUGAAAAUGUUUAUUUAAAAUUAAGUCACUUGUUAUUUAUUCACAGUUGUGAUUUUUAAGACUUUUCCAGAAAGAGUACCAGUGUAUACUCUCAUAU